AACUUGUGAUCUUCCUGCCUCAGCCGGCCCAUGUCCCUGUUUAGUGGGGAAUAUUCUGCUGGCCAGCAGCUACAUGACCUGCCUGGACCUCUUGGUCACCACUCAGAGUGCUAAAACCAGUACUGGCUUUAUUGACUCUUAGUCCACGAAAUCUGUUCAGGAGGUAGAGACCUUCUUUCAAGUGGAUACGAGUGUUUGCAAAGAGGCCUUUCCCCCCACCCCCAAGAUGUGACUCCCUGCCCCUGUCUGGGUGCUCCAAGCCAUGGCUGACACCAUCUUUGGCAGUGGGAACGAUCAGUGGGUUUGCCCUAAUGACCGGCAGCUUGCCCUGCGAGCCAAGCUGCAGACAGGCUGGUCUGUGCACACCUACCAGACGGAGAAGCAGAGGAGGAGCCAGAGCCUCAGCCCAGCCGAGGUGGACGCCAUUCUGCAGGUCAUCCAGAGAGCCGAGCGGCUAGAUGUCAUGGAGCAGCAGAGAAUUGGGCGCCUGGUGGAGCGACUGGAGACCAUGAGACGGAAUGUGAUGGGGAAUGGCCUCUCCCAGUGUCUGCUCUGUGGGGAGGUGCUCGGCUUCCUGGGCAGCUCAUCAGUAUUCUGCAAAGACUGCAGGAAGAAAGUCUGCACCAAAUGUGGGAUCGAGACCUCCCCUGGCCAGAAGCGGCCCCUGUGGCUGUGUAAGAUCUGCAGUGAGCAAAGAGAGGUUUGGAAGAGGUCUGGGGCCUGGUUCUACAAAGGACUCCCUAAAUACAUCUUGCCCCUGAAGACUCCUGGUCGGGCUGAUGACCCCCAUUUCCGACCUUUGCCUGUGGAGCCAGCAGAGCCAGAACCCAGAAGCACUGAGGUCAGCCGCAUCUACACGUGGGCUCGAGGGAGAGUGGUUUCCAGUGACAGUGACUCUGAUCUCAGCUCCUCCAGCCUGGAGGACAGACUCCCACCCACCAGGGUCAGGAACACAAAAGGUGACAAGCCCGUGGGGGAAUCAGGUGGCAGCACGGAGUCGCCCAGGAUGGGGCUGACCCACCCGCCCAGCCUCCUCUCAGGAAGCCAGAGCAGCCUGGCCAGUGAGACGGGGAUGGGCUCUGCAGACCCUCAGUGGGGCACCCCGCCCUGGCCUGAGCCCAAGGGCCCUGGCAAAAGACACACCCGGGCGAGUCCCCGCUGCUGACGUGGCUCCUGGGGCUUUGAUGCAUGGAGCA